UUUCGCUACUUAAACGAAAAACGGUUCAGACGGGCAUGAGUUUACCUGCAGUUGUGUUCCUUAUUUCUCAGGCCUGGCGGGCCAUUGGUUCUAAUCACACAGCCUUCAGGGUUUAGGGUAGUGGGACAGGCCUGGACAGGUCUGGUCAUGUUCUUCGAGUCAAGAUUUCAGUUUUAUUUCCUUUCAUUGUGAAGCUGACGAAACGAAAUUAAAGAGUUCUUAACUAUCCCAUGUUUGUUCUCUCCAACCCCCAUAUAGCAGGUUUUGAAGAUAUUUUGAUGAAAACAAAUGGAGAGUCUUGUUUAUUUGAGAGGCUAGCUGGUUAAUUUGUCAUGAAAAAAAUAGCGGUCACCUUGUAGACCAACACAACCUUAUGUAGGAAGGUAAAUGGAAAAUGACAGCAAAAAGCAAUAAUGAGUCAGCUAAGUGAAGGAGGAAGAUGCUGGCUUACUUGCUGAUGUUACUUACAAUAAAAAAUUAUUUGAUAAAGACUGAGGAAUAUAUAGAGCUGUGGGUUUAUUUGAUUUCCAUUUUGUGAUUAUUUUUGUUUUUUAGAGGUAAACCAAGAUUCCAUUUUCAAGAUGGAAAGUCCUUCAGACUCGGCUGUGAUUUUGCCUAGCACUCCGCAGGGCUGUGCCAGUCUACCGUCUCCCCAUACAAGUAGUUCAAGAAAACAACCUAUGAGUGCAACACUUAGAGAACGGUUGAGAAAAACUAGAUUUUCAUUUAAUUCCUGUUACAGUGUGGUAAAACGUCUUAAAGUAGAGAAUGAAGAAAACGAUCAGACCUUUGUAGAGAAACCAGCAUCUUCAACAGAAGAAAACUGUUUGGAAUUUCAAGAUAAUUUUAAACACAUAGACAGUGAAUUUGAAGAAAGUUCAUAUUUGAAAAAUACCAUCAAGAAUACCAGUGCGUAUGAAUCUAAGUCACUUGAUACUGGGUCUUGCAGUGAUCUCCAGAAUGAUUUUGAUGAGACUCUUCCCCAAAAAGAAUUAAAUGAAGAAAAGACAAAAUUGGUGAAGCAGAUUCAGGAGAAAGAAGACCUUCUUCGGAGGCUAAAACUAGUCAAAAUGUAUAGAUCGAAGAAUGACCUGUCUCAGUUAAAGUUGUUAAUAAAGAAAUGGAGACGCUGUAGCCAGCUGUUGCUUUAUGAGUUGCAGUCAGCUAUGUCUGAGGAGAACAAGAAACUCAGCCUUACCGAGUUGAUAGACCACUACGGGUUAGAUGAUAAAUUGCUACACUAUAACAGAAAUGAAGAAGAAUUUAUAGGUGUUUAAUUCAUAGUUUUUCCUCCAGAAUAUUUUUGAGAAUGACAGCUUAAAUACUUAUACAUUUUAAAGGGAAGAUAUAAACCAUCAGGGUUUAAAGAAAGGUACCUUGAUGAAAAUCAAUUUAGAGCACUCUGUUAGAUAAAUAUGUUAAGUUCAAAAUGAAUAUUUAGUAUUUUGGAUAAAUCUGCCAAAGAAAAUUUGACAUUUAAAGAAAUGUGAAAAAAAAAAUGAAAUCAUGUUAUAAAAAAUAAUUUGGGCAAUUCUGGAAGUCAGUUAUGUUGUUUCGUUUAUUAUAAAAAGUAGUUUAAUUUUAAAUGUUAAAAAAUAGUCCCAUCUGGUGAAUGGCUAAAUCUAAACUGGUCUAAAAAUGCCUGCCUGUCUCCUAAGUUUAUGAACCUUGUUUCCAUCCAUUUACCAUAUAUGUCCAUCUGUAUGGUCUAUCAGGUAAUUAAACUCAGAAUGUCCAAAAAGUAUA